AUGAACGCCGCCAACAUCAGCAAGGCCAUCCUGAGUAUCAGCUCGCCGGGUACCUGCCUCUGGGACGACGCAGCCAAGUGUGCCAGCCUCUCCCGCGACGUCAACAGCUACGCUGCGGGACUCCAGGCUGCCCACCCGGACCGCUUUGGCUUCUGGGCCACGUUACCGCUGCCAUAUGUCAACGAAUCCAUCGCCGAGAUUGAUGCGGCGCUCGAUGAAGGUGCGGAGGGCUUCGUGUGGAUGACCAACUACCGGGGCUACUAUCUCGGUGACCCAAUUUUUGACGAGGUCCUUAACGUUCUGAACGAGCGGAAUGCCACCAUCUUUUUCCAUCCCACUACCCCGUACACGGCUUGCAGAUACGGGGCGGGCUGUGACUGGAGCGGCAUCCAGGCAGCACCACUGGCAGACACCUUCCCGAGCCCGCUCUUCGAGUUCUUCUUUGACACAGCCAGGCUCAUGACCAACAUGCUGCUGCGCGGCGUCUACUCCCGGUUUCCAUGCAUCACCACCAUAUUCGCACACGCAGGCGGGGCUUUCCCUCCCCUUCUGACCAGAGUAUUGCAGUUCGGCAAGCUCCUGCAGACCUCGCUUCCCGAUGGUGUAGUCGUCAUCGACGAAGGGGAGGCGCGCGAGAUACUGGAAACCCGUUGCUAUUUCGAUCUGGCGGGAUGGCCAUUCCCUGGGGAGCUGCCGGCGAUGAUGAGAGCGACCGGAGUCGCGGAGGACAGGCUGCUGUACGGCAGUGAUUUCCCAUUCUUCCCGGAACCCCUGGUGGUGAACUUGACCAAGAUCAUGGAUGACGGUCUUGUUACAACUAUCGGCCCGGAGGCGGUGGCGCUGGUGCAUCGAAUCAAUGCGGAACGGUUGCUUGGGGCUUCGAACGGUGCUUAG